AUGUCUACACCACUAGACCAGCAGCAACAACCACCACCCAUGGAAGUGACCCAGCAAGCUUACACAGCCCACACGGGUCACGGGUCGGUUGGACCUGUAAUAGCUGUUCUAGCAGUGAUCACCAUCCUUGGAGUCAUAGCCGGCAUGAUCGGUCGCAUCUGUUCGGGUCGUCGGAUCAUGGGGCAUGGGCAAUAUGAUUUUGAGGGUUGGGUAGAGAGAAAAUGCUCUUCUUGCCUGGAUGGCCGGGUCGACCCACCUUUAGCCCGUCCCGCUGACAUUCCAGUAGCAGAGCCAGUGAAGGAAGAAGAACCACAAGAGACGAAGGAAGAAGAGCAAGAACAAAAUAAACAUAAAUCACAUGCAAGUACUAGUGAUUCUUGA